AUCACACAUUCACGCCACCAUUUUAGAGCAAGAGCAUACAUAUUGAAUUGCACUUGAGCUCAAACGAUCAGGAAAAGAUAAAAAUGGGUAACCAAUAUAAGCAAUCAAACGAGGAACUACACGCGGCGGCUCGUGCCGGUGACCUAACCGCCGUGCAGAGAAUAUGCAGCACCAACCCUCUGGCAGUCAACUUCAGAGACAAGCACUCUCGAACUCCACUCCAUCUAGCAGCGUGGUCUGGACAUGCACAAGUAGUGAACUAUCUAUGCAAGAACAAGGCUGAUGUGGGUGCUGCUGCCAUGGAUGACAAGGGUGCUAUUCACUUUGCCGCCCAGAAAGGCCAUCUAGAGGUUGUACGUAUACUUCUUACAUCCGGAGUAUCAGUAAAAUCGGUCAAUCGCAAGGGUAUGACUGCCCUUCACUACGCCGCUCAAGGGUCUAAUCUGGAACUUGUCAAGUAUUUAGUGAAGAAAUGCACAAAUAUUAGUGUUAAAAACAAAGCAGGCAAGACUCCCUUGGAUCUUGCCACCAAUGAGGACAUCCAAUCAUUUCUGCGUGAAUGUGAAACCACUUCUAUUGGAGAGGCUCUUAAGAGUAGAGAAAACGAUAAUGGAACUAACCUACAGCCCUCGGCAGAAGAAAAUGAAGAAGUCUCUGACGUCAAAGCUGGUGAAGAAGGGUGUGUGAAAGAUGACGAAUCUUUCAAGAGAAAAGCAGUUGACGAUGAAAUUUUGAAGGAAACUAAGAAAGCUAAAGUUCCUUUAAAUCAUCUUCUAGCGGAGGAUGACAUUGAGGAAUAGGAACAGUCUUUGAGUGAAACUAUAUGUGGAAUUGCAGCUUACUAUGCACUUUCUGUAACUCUCCCUUAACUAGUAAAAUAGGGGGACAUAUAUUGAUGAUUUGUUAUAGAAACGUUGGCUUGGAAACCAGCGUUGGUGUUUAGUCUCCUUGUAUUAACUUUUUACUACUUUGGCAAGCAUAAGCCUCUAGUUUUUGUAUUAUUCAAAAAGUCUCA